AUGGCGAUCGAAGCCGCGCGCCUCUCCCCGUCCCUCGCCGCCGCCGCCUUCCUCGCCCGCCGGCCCCCUCCCGCCCUCUCUCCCUUCUCCCUUAGCCGCCGGUUUCCCCUCCUCCGCGUCCUCGCCAGCUCAUCGGGCGGGGACGGACGCGUCGUCGCCCUCUCCUCGUCUGAGCUCCGCAAGCGCCGGGGCCUCUCCUCCUCCUCCGGGGCUGCGGCGGACUCCGCGUCUGACGGGGAUGAGAAGCUCCGUUCGCUUCGUCGACUCUUCGCGCGGCCCGACGUUUCCAUUGACGCUUACAUCGUCCCCUCACAGGACGCCCACCAGAGCGAAUUCAUUGCAGAAUGCUUCACGAGGCGCGCCUAUCUGACUGGGUUCACUGGCAGUGCUGGUACAGCUGUGGUCACAAAAAACAAGGCUGCCCUCUGGACUGAUGGCCGUUAUUUUCUUCAGGCAGAGAAGGAAUUGGGCCAUCACUGGACACUCAUGCGCAGUGGGAAUCAUGGCGUUCCAACUACUAGUGAGUGGUUGAAUGAUGUUUUACCAUCUGGUUGCCGAGUUGGUAUUGAUCCGUUUCUUUUCUCAUUUGAUGCUGCUGAAGAACUGAAGGAUUCAAUCGCCAAUAAGAAUCAUGAGUUAGUUUUGGUUCAGGGCAUGAACCUAGUUGAUGAGAUAUGGGGAGAUGCAAGGCCAAAUCCCCCAAAAGAACCAACUAGGGUGCAUGACAUCAAAUAUGCUGGUAUUGAUGUACCAUCAAAGUUGUCCUUCAUUAGGUCACAACUUGCUGAAAAUGGGUGUGAUGCUGUGGUAAUUUCAAUGCUUGAUGAAGUUGCUUGGUUGUUGAACAUGAGAGGAAGUGAUGUCCCACAUUCACCAGUAUUUUAUAGCUACCUCAUUGUGGAGGUUAGCACUGCUACACUAUUUGUAGAUAGCAGCAAAGUUUCUAAAGAUGUUCUGGAGCACCUUGAGCAAACUGGUGUAAAACUUAAGCCAUAUGAAGCAAUUAUUUCUGAAGUAGAAAGACUGGCAGAGAAAGGUGCAAAGCUCUGGUUGGAUUCUUCAAGUGUGAAUGCAGCCAUAAUUACUGCAUUUAAAUCAAGUUGCGACAGACGCUUGAAAAGGAAAGGAAAAGCAGGGAAAAAAGUUGGAGAGAAAGAAGCAUCUUCAGACGACCCAAUAACUGGAGAUCCUGGUGUGCAGAAUUUAGUCAUAAGUGCUGUAUACAAUGUUUCACCAGUUGCACUUGCCAAGUCAGUUAAAAAUGAUGCAGAAAUUGAGGGAAUGAAGAAUUCACACCUAAGAGAUGCUGUGGCUUUAGCAGAAUUCUGGUGCUGGCUAGAGGAGGAAAUCUGUAAAAGUGUGCCCCUUACAGAGGUACAAAUUGCUGAAAAGCUUCUUGAGUUUCGUCAAAAGCAAGAUGGAUUUAUAGAGACAAGCUUCGACACUAUAAGUGGUUAUGGUGCAAAUGGCGCUAUAAUACACUACAGACCAACCCCAGAGAGCUGCAGCUCUGUUGGAAGUGAUAAUCUGUUUUUGUUAGAUAGUGGUGCUCAAUACAUUGAUGGAACUACUGACAUAACAAGAACAGUGCAUUUUGGUGAGCCUUCCCCAAGGCAAAAGGAAUGCUUCACCAGAGUUUUGCAGGGCCACAUAGCUCUAGAUCAAGCAGUGUUCCCCGAGAGAACUCCAGGCUUUGUGCUAGAUGUUCUGGCACGGUCAUCUCUGUGGAAAAUUGGACUGGAUUAUAGACAUGGCACAGGCCAUGGAGUUGGAGCUGCACUAAAUGUCCACGAGGGCCCUCAGAGCAUUAGCUAUCGAUAUGGAAAUUUGACAGCCUUACAGAAGGGCAUGAUUAAUUUACUUCUGGUAAAGGAGCUUAAUCUGGCAAAUUCGUUUGGUGGAAUUUCAUACCUUGGUUUUGAGAAACUAACUUUUGUUCCGAUUCAGAGCAAGCUUAUUGAGUCAUCCUUGCUGUCACCUUCGGAGAUCAAUUGGGUCAAUGAUUACCACGAAGAAGUCUGGGAAAAGGUUUCCCCUUUGUUGAGUGGCCAUUCUCGCGACUGGUUAUGGAAGAACACUCGACCUCUUUUAGAUGUAUAA